UUCUGUUUCUGUAUUUUGUUCUUCCAUCAGCGGCGCUCAGAUAGCUUCAAAAAUCGUUGAACAAGUUGCACUUUUGCGCAGAGGUUUUGAUUUUCUUAUUUCCAUAAUAUAUGGAUAACUCAACCAAUUGGAGGUCAAUAAUUGUGUAUCGCGUAGAUAGUUAAACCACCAAUUUGGAAAUUGUCUGAAACUAAUUGGUUGCAUUCCUCGAAUUAUACAAAAUAAUCUAUUUCUGAAUUCUGAUUCUGUGCGUCGAAGGUUUUUGCAAAAAGAAGAAAAUGGCAACAGAAACCGAAAAUAUUUUUCUAUUCAUUCCAAAUUUGAUUGGAUAUGGACGAAUAGUUCUGGCUAUCAUCGCCUUCUGGUUCAUGUCAACCAAUUAUGUUGUUGCUGGAUGGUGUUAUAUAAUUAGCGCUCUCCUGGACAGUGUUGACGGACAUGCAGCACGAGCUUUUGACCAAAGUACACGAUUUGGAGCUAUGCUUGAUCAAUUGACAGACCGAUGUGGAACAAUGGGACUUUUAGUUACACUUAGCUACUUUUAUCCCGAAUAUAUGUUCUACUUCCAACUCUCGAUGGCUAUUGAUGUUGCAUGCCAUUGGCUUUAUAUGCAAACGAGCGUGACAGUUGGAAAAUCAUCACACAAAUCAUUCGACGUAAACGAAAACUUCCUUUUGAGACUUUACUACCAAAAAGAUAUCCUCACUUUUAUGUGUUGCGUAAAUGAACUCUUCUACGUAUGCCUCUACAUGCUUCAUUUUACCACAGGACCAAUAAUUUUUGGCUGUUCAUUAUUUAAAGUCUUAGCAUUUGUUUCCGCGCCUUUUGCGGUUUUGAAAUCUCUUAUAUCCUGCUUACAUGCAUAUGUGGCAAGUAUUGACCUGGCAGCUUUUGAUGUUCUCGAGCGCGAGGAAAAACGACAGAAAAAUGAUUCUUCAAAAAAGGCUGAGUAAAAAAAAGAAAAGUCCUCCAAUACAAGAAUUCCAGUUAGAGGAUUAAAAUUCCUUUGCAAUUUAAUAAAACAAAUAUUUACAUACAUAUAUACAUAUUGGCUAAAUGUUAAAAAUUAUACUAAAUAUUUUAUUAUCUAAACAGAAACACAUACAAAUCUAAAUCUGAACAUUUUCUAUUAGUUUUAUUUAUUUGUAGUAAUAAAAGUUUGUUUUUGUUUUCAUUAUAAUUUUUUGUGAUUUAAAUUUAAGAAUUUUAAAAUCAAUUUUUCUUAGGAUUAAUUUACAAUAUCUUUCCUUUGUGGCAUUUGUAAAACUAAACAAUUCUCAUAAAACAAAAGUAUAAAUAUUUAUAGGAAGAGAGAAAAAUGGGUAUAAUUAAACCAGCGAAUAAGGAUAAUGAGGAGCUUCAGCUUUUACUAUUGUGUGUAGUUUAUGAAUUUAAAUGAAUUUAUUGUUGUACCAAAUGGAUGUGACUUCAAAAAAUAAAAAUGAAAAUAUUUACAAAAUAA